CUUCAACAUAUAUACAUUUACAAAACCUCACAUUCUUUCUUCUUUAUUGCUUCAAUGGCAUCUCAGACAAUCCAGAGCUACCGCAAUGGCGCUGAGAUUCACAAUGGAGAUGAUCUCUGUAAGAAGAAAUCCAUUAAACUGCUCGAAGAUAUCGGUCUUCCAAAUGGUUUAUUUCCAUUGGAAGACAUUGAAGAGUUUGGAUAUAACUGCGAGGCCGGGUUUGUCUGGUUGAUUCAAAAGAAGAAGAAGGAACAUACCUUCAAGAAGAUCAAAAGAGCAGUGUCAUAUGCUCAUGAGGUAACUGCAUUUGUCGAGAAAGGUAAGAUGAAGAAGAUGACCGGAGUGAAGACUAAAGAACUCAUGCUUUGGCUCUCUGUUGUUGAGAUGUACAUUGAGGAUCCUUCUUCUAAGAAGAUCACUUUCAAGACUGGCACUGGCCUCUCUGAUAGCUUCCCAGUUUCAGCAUUUGAACUUGAAGAAUAAAGAAAGCUAACUGUGUGUGAUAUUGUUCUCACUUGUACUAUGAUAUUUUUGUGUUUUAAAUCAUGUUGUUGUCAAAUAAUUAUUGUUGGAAGAUCAAUAAAAUUUGAUGCCUUUUGUA